AUGUUUUUUGGUGGAAAUCUGCUAUCUUGGUCUUCCAAAAAGCAGCCUACAGUCUCCAGAUCCAGUACUGAAUUUGAGUACAAAUCCCUUGCUAAUGCUACUGCAAAAUUACUUUGGAUUCAAUCACUACUCCGAGAACUUGGUGUUUUUCUUUCGGCGGCACCGAUUCUCUAUUGUAACAAUAUUGGUGCUACGUACUUAACAUCAAAUCUGGCCUUUCAUGCCCGCACAAAAUGCAUUGAAAUUGAUCAUCAUUUUGUUCAUGAUAUUUUAGUUCAGAAGUCGCUCACCGUCAAGUUCUUAUCGAAUAAAAAUCAAAUUGCUGAUGUUCUUACCAAGCCAUUAGCCUCCACCCAGGUUAACUCAACAGAUAUAUUCACUGACUACUUUGUCUAUUUUUCUAUUGGUUUUCAGCUUAAAAUCUUGAGCGAAAUUCAUCAUCCCCAUUUGCUUCUCCUUCUUGGAGCAUGUUUAGAUCACGGUUGCCUAGUCUUUGAGUACAUGGAGAAUGGUAGCCUGGAGGACAGGUUGAUCAGGAAAAAUGGUACACCCCCUAUUCCUUGGUUUGAGAGGUACCGAAUAGCUUGGGAAGUAGCCUCAGCUCUAGCCUUUCUUCACAACUCAAAGCCAAAACCAAUUAUCCAUCGUGAUCUGAAGCCGGCGAACAUUUUGCUUGAUCGUAACCUUGUAAGCAAGAUUGGUGAUGUUGGUCUUUCUAUGAUUCUUCAUUCAGAUUCUUGUGACACGGGACCUGUUGGGACACUCUCGUACAUAGAUCCUGAGUAUCAAAGGACUGGGUCAAUCUCUCCAAAGUCUGAUGUUUACGCUUUCGGGAUGAUAAUUUUGCAGUUGCUGACGGCAAAACCAGCAAUAGCACUGCCCCAUAUCGUAGAAACUGCGUUAAGUGAUGGUCAUUUAUUAGAGAUUUUGGAUCCAGAGGCUGGGAAUUGGCCAAUUGAGGAAACAAAGGAAUUGGCUGAACUGGGACUCAACUGUGCUGAGCUUUGGCGUAGAGACAGGCCUGAUUUAGAAGAAAAAGUACUUCCUGCACUGGAGAGAUUGAAAAAGGUUGCCGAUAGGGCUCAACAUUCAGCUUCCAGACUUCGACCCUCACCUCCUAACCACUUCAUCUGCCCAAUUAUUAAGGAUGUGAUGGAUGACCCUUGUGUCGCAGCGGAUGGUUACACUUACAACCGUAAAGCAAUAGAGUUCUGGCUUGAAGCGAACAAUACAUCGCCAAUGACAAAUAUGCCAUUGCUUGACAAGAAUCUAAUACCAAAUUACACGCUUCUUUCUGCGAUUAUGGAGUGGAAGUCCAGACACUAAUAACAACAUUCUUUAUUGAUUUUUCAGAAUAAUGCUGAAAAUUGUUAUUGAAUUGCAGACUUUUCUCUACGAUUAUGGAGAGGAGAGUGGAGUGUAGUCCACUGACCGAUGACAUCUACUUUGCUUCGUUCAGUAUAGCCUGACAGAAUUGUUUCUUUGAGGAUUCCUCAACAUGUAUAUGUAAUUAGAUGUAAAAAAAAAUAACAAAAUAAAAACAGAGCUCUUAGUGUUUCAGGUAGGAUAUUCUUACUAGGGUCCAUUUCUUUCGUAAUAUUAUGUAUUGAAAGACAACUUUUGUAAUGGCUAUAGCAAUGCAGUAGCGGUGUGGGUCGGAAAUAAGACCAACCGAGAUUCCUUUU